GCUGCCUUGCGGACCAAGAAGGGCGUCAAGAAGGGCGUGCCGGAGUGGGCCGACCCCCUGCAUGAUGACGGCGGGCCGCCCGACGACGAGAUUGUAGCCAAGUGGGCAGAUGGGGCGACAUGGGCAGUCCCAGGUUUCACCAACAAGAUGUAUCGUGAGGCUGCCGCAUCGAAGGUGGGCGGCGUGAAGAAGAACUGGAUCUGGGAGACGACAUUGAAGGGCGCGCGCUACUACGUGACGAUGUUCUCGAGAGGUCAAGGCACCAGCUGGUUCAUCGGCUGCUGGGAGGACAGCAGGAUGGUAUCGCAGUUCGUCAUCAAAGCGCACCACUCCAAGGAGGAGGUGCAGAAGUUGAUGAUCGAUCUCUUCAAGCUCUGGGUCGACAAGAAGAUUGACAAGAAGGAGCUCGAGAUCCGCAAGACCAAGUGGAUAUCGGAGAACACCGCGGCCGUGCUCAAGAGGCCAUCCACGAAGACGGUGCCCACCCAAGCUGAUGUUUGCGGCGCAGACGAUGGCGCUGCCAACCCACACGAUGAUCGUGGCGAUGAUGCGGCUGGCGAUGAUGAGGAGUCUGAACAUGCAGAUGACGACGCGGAGGUGCCAGACGACGAGGAUGGCGACGGGGACGAGGAGCCUAACAACAUCGAGCAGCCCGUCUUCAAGAAACCAUCGGGCAAGCAUGCGUCGCCUAGACUCAAGGCGCCCACCAAGGAGCCUGUCGAGCGGGUCAAGGGCGUCAAGCGCAUCCGACCAGAGCCCGAGCAUGCUGACGAGAGAGAG